AUAUACGAAGUUCCUCACUCCCUUACGUAGAUUCUCCUCAAAGCAACCUUAAUUCUCUGCCCAAAGAGCUCUCUCUCUCUCUCUCUCACAAAAGAAGUGUUCGGGGAAUCAGUUCCGAAAUACUCAGAGACUCAGCUCCCCCUCCUCAACGAUAACCUCUCCAAAAUCUAUCUUUCACACAUACACACACGCUCAGGUUCACAAGCAUGUCUGUGACUGUGAUUCGAAGAGCUCUUUCUUUAUUGUCUCUUUGUGUCUUCCUUCUCACCAUCUCAACCCUCACGACCCCAUCGACUUCGGCCACGGACACCUUCGUCUUUGGUGGGUGCUCUCCGCUAAAGUACACGCCCGGUUCGCCCUACGAGAACAACGUCAACUCGAUCCUCACCGCCCUGGUCAACUCAGCCAUGUUCACCGCCUAUAACAACUUCACUACUCUCGGCUCCAACCCUCAAGACACGGUCUACGGCCUCUUCCAAUGCCGCGGAGACCUCCAGGGCAAUGACUGCGCCCGCUGCAUCGCUCGCUCGGUGAGUCAACUCGGUACCCUUUGCCUCAACUCGUGCGGUGGAGCGUUGCAGCUUGAAGGUUGUUUCGUCAAGUAUGAUAACACCACCUUCUUGGGGGUGGAGGACAAGACGGUGGUGGUCAAGAAAUGUGGGCCGGCGUUUGGAUACGACUCCGACGCGUUGACCCGGAGAGAUGCUGCGCUGGCGUACUUGGGGACCGGCGACGGUGGGCCCUACAACACGUACCGGACGAGUUACUCGGGGAAUGUCCAGGGCGUGGCGCAGUGCGUGGGGGACUUGAGUCCGAGCGAGUGCCAGGAUUGCCUAGGGAACGCGAUCGGACUGCUGAAGACCGAGUGUGGCACCGCGGCGUGGGGCGACAUGUUCUUGGCCAAGUGUUACGUGCGCUACCUAGAAGGCGGCGUCCGCUCGCACGCCAGAAAGGAUGAUGAUAAUGACACUAAUGAUGAGUUGGACAAGACGCUUGCAAUUAUAAUCGGAGGCAUAGCAGUGGUUGCAUUGCUCAUACUCUUCCUUUCCUUCUUAAGUAGGCUCUCCGAAAAAGGAAAAGGAGGGAAGUAAAUUAUAAACUGGGGGAUAGUGUCUCUGGAGCUGAAUCCUAUCUAUCGACCCUGUUUCCUUUGGUAAAUAAUUUGGCUUUUAGGUGGUUCUUUCGCCUCUCUUUUCUUCGUUGGUCCCUACCCUUUUUUUUUUUUCUUUAUCUUCUAAAGAAUACCUGUGAGGGUAGAUAUAAAAGAUGUCAAUGGAAAAGUGCACCUUGAAACAAGGGAAAAAGAAAAAGGUUGCAAUAAGAAGAAAAAGCUCAAAGAUUCCCCGCACUCCCCCAAUCCCACUUGACAAUGUUAGCAGCUUGCCUGCUAAUGUUUAUAAACGAACAAUUUAGUGAAAAGUGCACCAUGAUGUUGUAGAUGGUGCCUUUGUUGGGUGUGUUAUAUAUCAGAGUGCUUUUGCUUUAAUCCCAUCCAAAAUUAAAGAUAUUUGUUAGAUUUCUUGUCACCUCAAUGUUCAGUUUGUUUUGUAA